UUCUUCCUCUUCUUUUUUCUUACUGCUCUUUCCAGUGCAUGUGCCCAUGCAAAUUGAUCGAUUUCGAUUUCGAUCUAGAUUUCCUCUGAAUUGUAUGCAAAUCAGGCCCACUCUGCUGGGAGCUCGGAAUUUAAAACAUAUAUGCAUACAGUUAUCGAGACGGAAAACACACACAACAGGAUCAAGGCUGGGGGAGUAUGAACGCGCGCUCAACAACCUGCCACACAACAAACAUAUCGACAACAUUUCCACCAAAAUGGAAUCAACGGACAGCCCUACAUCGUCACAAUUCAGCUAAAACAUCAGCAAAGAUCAACAACCCGAGUGCGGGGGUUGACACGGGAACUGUCCGAAGGAUCACGACCUUUAGGUUGAAAUCAGUCGAGCCCCCUCUGAUUGUGUGUGCAGUGGACGCGUGCGCCGCCAACCAGCCCUGUGCAUAUAUAACGCGAAGCAUGAAAUGAUAUGUUUUAAGUUUGUUCUGAGCCUCAUGCGUGUUAUAUAUAAGUGCAUGUGCCCAUGCAAAUUGAUCGAUUUCGAUUUCGAUCUAGAUUUCCUCUGAAUUGUAUGCAAAUCAGGCCCACUCUGCUGGGAGCUCGGAAUUUAAAACAUAUAUGCAUACAGUUAUCGAGACGGAAAACACACACAACAGGAUCAAGGCUGGGGGAGUAUGAACGCGCGCUCAACAACCUGCCACACAACAAACAUAUCGACAACAUUUCCACCAAAAUGGAAUCAACGGACAGCCCUACAUCGUCACAAUUCAGCUAAAACAUCAGCCAAGAUCAACAACCCGUGUGCGGGGGUUGAUACGGGAACUGUCCGAAGGAUCACGACCUUUAGGUUGAAAUCAGUCGAGCCCCCUCUGAUUGUGUGUGCAGUGGACGCGUGCGCCACCAACCAGCCCUGUGCAUAUGUAACGCGAAGCAUGAAAUGAUAUGUUUUAAGUUUGUUCUGAGCCUCAUGCGUGUUAUAUAUAAGGAUGAUCGUUCACCGAUGUCGUCCGGCAGCGAUACCGAGGACUACUCGCCUCCCGAUUCGCCACCUGGACCUAGCUGUAGUAAUAGUAAAAUACCUAAUGAAACAAUCAUUAAUAGUAAUAAUCACAGUGUUAGUAUAGCGCCACAAACGUCGUCUUCUAGUACGUCAACUUCAACACCAUCUGCGUCGGUAGCAACAACGGCGGCUCAAGCGGCUCAGGCCGCCCAAGCAGCGGCCAACAGCAGCAAACUGUCCAUCCUCGAGCAGCAAUACAAACAACAGCAGCAGGCUCUCCAACAACACCAGCAACAACAACAGCAGCAGCAACAGCAACAACAACAACAAUCCCAAGUGACAAGCAAUGUAAUCUAUCCAGCAACGGCAUUGGCAAAUCUACCUCAGGACGUUCUGGUUAGGCUGCUGCAAACGGGACAAAUACAGCUGCAUAACGAGGAUGGCGGCCAACAAUUCAUCACUAUACCUCUGUCACUCAUGUCCACCCUCAAGCCGGAUCCCAAAAAUGCCAACGGAAACAACAGCAACCCAGCUCCGACCGUCAAUGCCAAAUCUAGCUCUUCCAACAACCGAUCAUCUGCGUCUCCUGCUUCAUCGUCAUCGACUUCUUCGGCUGGUAGACGACCGCCACAAUCCAAAGACGUCACUAUCAAAGCCGAAGUCGAUGAUUGAGCUUAAGAUUAUGCUUUCUAACAGAACUAAUUGAAUCAUUAAUGCGCUUUUACUGGUUUCUUUAUCGAUUGUUUUUAUAGAAUUUGAAUUGUUUAACAUAUUGCUUGUUAGGCUUCCGAAAUUUUCGUUUUUCUUCUGUUACAUGUAUUGAAAACUUGCCAACAAUUGACUAGCAAUGUUCAAAUAAAGACUACGUUUUUAUUUAAAUUGGCAUCAUUUAAUAUCUUUAGAGCAAAAAACUUUAAUAUACAAAUGCAGCACCAUUUGCUGUCUCGCUGUAUUAACAAACAAUCAAAACUAAAUGCUUUUAAUAGACUUAUUCAGCAAAACAGGCCAAAAGUACUUAAAUACAUCUUCAUGAUGAUCAUCUUAGAAGAUGAAACUACACCAAGCCAAAUUCUUACCCCCUAUCCAGUUGCUAUUUACAUUUUAACGGAGAGUGAGAGGUUUCUGAGAAUGCUUACAAAAGUUUCAAUAAUUACAGAAACAAAAAAAAUCGGAAUGAGAUUCGAGUUGUUGAAAGCGUGAAGUUGACCCUAGCAGAUAAGGAUUCUUUAACACUAGUACCAUAAGCUUUAAGUCUUAGUUUUAAACUAUCCGGCAUCGUCUUGUACGAUGCAAAAAAGCAGUCUCAUUGUUUACUUUUAGCUUUUAUGUGCGUCGUCAUUUUGGUUUCACAUCAACCGUUUAUUAUCAUUCAUGUGCACCUCAAACUGCAAGCUUUUCUAGAUUUUAAGACAUUUCACUUGGGAACCAAAGUUUGUACUGUAGAACCUGGUCCUACUUGGUGAUCCGACACCACAAUACAACAACAACAACAAAUGUUUGUAAAAACCGCUUCCACAAUCAUCGGUUGCUCCAUUUCUAGCUCUAUUCUUUUCUAUUCAUCGUAAUACAAAUUCUUAAUUUAUUGUAAUACUCCAAAUAAGCGUUCAUAAUAAAAAUUUUGAAAAUUA